AUCGAAUGCAAAAAACAGUUGGGCGACUGCGAAUCCGGAUAAAAUCGGCGGACGCGUUCAAAUCCCAACGCUCCCAGCGCAAGGCGACGUGAUGUCCUUGCCGGCCCGCGCCCUCCAGGCCCAGGCCAUCGGCAGACGCUCGGGCGUCGUAGUCCGCGCCGACGUGCGCCGAGACUCGCAUGGCUUUGAAGACAUUGACGACUUUUGGGCCGAAGACUCGGACACCAACGAGUCCACGAACGACGUCGGCCAAGACAACUUCGAGUUCAACGACUCGCGCGACGAGGAGGAGGAGGAGGAGCCUGACGUGAUCCGGCUCCGCCGCGCACCGACGACGCCGACGCCUGUCAAGGCCCAUACGCACCUUCGUCGCCGCGCGUCAAGCAGCCAGCCUACGCCCGUCAAAACGACCGAGGUUGCUGCACCGGCCGCGCCCAUGCCGACGGCGCGCACACCGCCAUUUGCCCGCCCGCCGCCUCCACGCCCGCCCCAACCAGUGCGCGCCAUUCCGACAACGCCGCCUGCGACUCUCAAGAAGACAAAGCCCAGUCCCGUGGCGGCCCCGGUGGUCGAAACGACGCCGACCAAAGAAUCUGCUCCGGCUGCUGCAUUUGCUCCCGACUUUCGCAACGACGAUCCGCCGUCCGAGGUCGACAUUUCGUUUGGCAACAUGUCGUCGCCGGCCAGUACGAUCAAGAACCGACGCGAUUCGUCUAGCAUGGACCUCUCGGACGUGAACAUGACCACGCCCGUGCAGUCGCCACGGCGUCCUUCGCCAGCCAAAGCAGCAGCGCCCAAGACCAACCCGCCAAUGAACGACGAGAGCGUAUCGGACGCGAGCAUCUUUUCACUGCGGGUCGCGAGUGCGCGUCGCGCGCCAGUGCCCAAGGCUGCGCCGUUGCCUCUUGUCCGCUCCCAAGACGAGGAAGAGUCGAAGGCUGCUGACGACGAGCAAGAGAAUGCGACGGGCCACCGCUCGUUUGAGCUGGAGGACGACUUCGACUUUGACGCGCCGUCGCGCGAUGACGACGACGACAAUACGUUUGGUGCAAAGAACACUGACCCUCUGGAGGCCAACCGCGGCUCGUUCGGCGGCAACAUGACGCCCAUCGCACAGACGGAAGAUCACGACCUCUUUUCACCUCCCGAAGUCCGCCCGCAGUUUUCGAGUCCGCCCGUGAGUCCGAUGGCGCACCGCCCGACGACGCCGCCGACGAAGAAGGCAUCGAAGAAGUCGCGCACGCCAGUCGCAAGCACGAGCGACAACGAAAAUGACAUGUUUGAAGACGCGUCGCUCGUCAUCGCUGUGCCCAAAACGAAGAAGCUGGUGACCAAGGCCAAGGCGCCCAAGCGGACGGCCAAAGGACCCAAGGAACUCGAGGAAACCAGCGAACCGAAGGAGCCCAAGGCCCGGGGCCGACCGAAGAAGAAGAAGCUGGCCGAGACGUCGUUCAACGAUGCGACCGAUCACUCGGACACGGACGCGCCACCGCGCCGACAGGACUUUACCGACAAUGACGACGGCGGCGAGAGCGACCCGCAUGGUCCGCGACGCUCGAAGCGGCGACGCAUCCAGCCGCUCGCGUGGUACAAGUGCGAGCGACCGGUGUACGAGCGCCGCGACAAUGGGCUCGGGCUCAUUUUGCCCACGAUUUCGCACAUUGAGCGCGCAGGCACCAACUCGCCGAUCAAGAACGCGGCCGGCAACCGCAAGAAAAAGUCUAAGCAUGCGACCUUCCCAGCGUCGCAGCUGCCGUCCGAGUUCAAGUACUCGACGGCCGAUUCGGGCGAGCUCUGGGACGAGGCGUCGGCCACGAGCAAGAACGUCAAGAUGAUCGGCCGGUACGGCACCGCCGACCUCUUUCCGCUGCCGGCCGAGGAUGGCGUUCCGUCGGGCUUUGCGUGCCAGACGUUCAACGUUGUGGGCUCGACGUCCGUGCCGACGUGGAUUUCUGGGCGCGUGCUUUUGCCGCCCGGCGCCGUCAAGGCCAGCGAGAGCGUCGGCAGCUGCGCGCAGGUCUUCAUCGUCAUUGGCUGCCAGCCCAUGGCGCUCGAGGUGGCUUUUGGCCAUCCGUCGAACCCUACGUUUGAUGACGCGACCGCGUCACGCUUCACGCUCGGGCCCGGCGACGAGUUUUACGUGCCCGCGAACAAUGCGUACUUUCUGCGCAACCACAGCCCGACGGUCGAGGCCGAGCUGCGCUUUAUGAUCCUCAAGCCCAAGCCGAGCGAGAAGAGCAAGAAGCAAAAGGCCGACGCCAAGAAGCCCAAGAAGCCCAAGAACCACAAGUCCGAAGACGCGUAAAGGCAGUAUAGUACUUUAUAUAUAUAAGAAAUUGCGUCUUAGGGCCGGAGGAGCUGGUCCCGCGUGAUGUGCAGA